GGUGCAAUCGAAAGAAGAGCCGACCAAUCACACGAGAGCUUCCGCCGACAGCAGAGGGGACGUAACACACCUUCUUUCCUCUCCUGCUUCCCCUCCCCUUCUCUCCCGACUUCCCCUUAUUCAUACCAGAAGCGCCUCAGCUCUGAUUGGCCAGGACACUGUGCUAUCUCAGCCAAUCACAAGCCAGGCUGUGCUCCUACACUAUCCGAAGAGCGAAUCAUGCAGAAACCGUGUCUACGAUUGGUCCCUCCCUGACAAGUAUUUAAUUUUGAAUUUUUCUUUAUGGCGUGGGAGAGGCUACAACCCGGACUCCAUCGACUCCCCCGGCUCUUAGACUAAAACCAUGCCCAAGUUCAAACAACGAAGAAGAAAGCUAAAAGCCAAAGCCAAAAGAUUAUUGAAAAAAAAAGAAGCCUCUCACGUUCAGUCCAAGCUAAUUACACCUCCUCCUCCACCAACCUCACCAGAAAGAGUCAUUAUUUCUUCAACAGAUGUAUCUCAAAUCAGAAGCUGGCUAAGAUCAUCCUGGAACUUCAAAUUUCCUAACAUCAGAGGUGCAAUAAAAUCUUGGACAAAUAGAGUAUGGUCUAUAUACAGCUUGUGUCAGAACUGCAUAACCCAGAGUUUAGAAGUAUUGAAAGACACCAUCUUUCCAUCUCGUAUCUGCCACCGAGAACUUUACAGUCUAAAACAACAGUUUUGCAUUUUGGAAAGUAGAUUAUGCAAGCUCCAGGAAGCCCUGAAGACUAUCUCAGAAAGUUCUUCCUGUCCAAGCUGUGGUCAAACAUGUCACAUGGGUAAACUUACAAAUGUGCCUGCCUGUGUUCUAAUCACCCCUGAAGACAAAGCUGUGCUUCCUUCCACACUGCCACAGCCAACCAGCCAUCUUCCUCCUCCACCUCCACCUCCUCCUCCUCCUCCUCCUCCACCACCUCCUCCACCACCACUAGCACCUGUGCUGCUCCAAAAACCCAGUCUCGCUAAAGCGCUUCAGGCUGGACUAUUAAAAAAAGAUGGACCCAUGCAGAUAACAGUUAAAGAUCUGCUGACUGUAAAAUUAAAGAAGACACAGAGUUCAGAUGAAAGGAGGAAGAUUAUACCAUCGCCGAAGGCACGGAAUCCACUAGUUACUGUCUCUGACUUGCAGCGUGUUACCCUGAAACCUAACUCCAAAAUGUUAUCAACUCGAGUUACAAAUUUCUUAAUUACUCCUGGAAAAAGUCAGAUGGAUCUGCGGAAACUGCUUAGAAAAGUCGAUGUAGAGAGGAGCCCAGGUGGAACCCCUCUUACCAAUAAAGAAAAUAUGGAAACAGGAACAGGACUGACUCCAGUAAUGACACAGGCCUUAAGGAGAAAAUUUCAGCUGGCUCACCCUAGAAGCCCAACUCCAACUCUACCACUUUCUACAAGCAGCUUUGAUGAACAAAAUUGAUGCCAACUCUGCCUGACUCCAUGUGACAAUCCAGAAAACAUACAGAUAAAAACACCCAGCCGGGUGCGGUGGCUCACACCUGUAAUCCCAGCACUUUGGGAGACCCAUGUGGGUGGAUCACCUGAGGUCAACAGUUCAAGACCAGCCUGGCCAACAUGGUAAAACCCUGUCUCUACUAAAAAUACAAAAAAUUAGCUGGGUGUGGUGGCAGGCACUUGUAAUCUCAGCUAUUCAGGGGGCUGAGAAUUGAGAAUCUCUGUUGUCCAGGCUGGUGUGCAGUGGCACAAUCUUGGCUCACUGCAACCUCUACCUCCCGGGUUCAAGCAAUUCUCCUGCCUCAGCCUCCCGAGUAUAUAUAUGUGUAUAUAUACGUAUAUAUACAUAUUUUUUGAGAUGGAAUCUCAUUCUGUUGCCCAGGCUGGAGUGCAGUAGCACAAUCUUGGCUCACUGCAACCUCCACCUCCUGGGUUCAAGCAAUUCUCCUGCCUCAGCCUCCUGAGUAGCUGGGAUUACAGGUGUGUAACGCCUUGCCCAGCUAAUUAUUGUAUUUUUAGUAGAGACAGGGUUUCACCGUGUUGGCCAGGCUGGUCUUGAACUCCUGACCUUAGGUGAUCCACCUGCCUUGGCCUCCCAAAUGUUGGGAUUACAGGCAUGAGCCACCACAGCCAGCCAGAGAUCCACAUCUAUAUUUAUAACACAUUUAUGUAUGAAAAUUAAGGAGGUGGCCGGGCACAGUGGCUCAUGCCUGUAAUCCCAACAUUUUGAGAGGCUGAAGCAGACGAAUCACUUGAGGUCAGGACUUUGAGACCAGCCUGGCCAACAUGGUGAAAACUGUCUCUACUAAAAUUACAGCAUUAGCCAGGAGUGGUGGCACAUGCCUGUAGUCCCAGUUACUUGGGUGGCUGAGGCUGGAGAAUCGCUUGAACCUGGGAGACAGAGGUUGCAGUGAGCAGAUCACACCACAGCGCUCCAGCCUGGGUGACAGAGCAAGAGACUCCGUCUCAAAAAAAAAAAAAAGAAAAAAGAAAAAAAGAAAAUUAACUAGGUAAUGAAGUUAAGAGUUAUCUCAGCUUCUAGUAAAAGUUGUUUUUUUAAAAACCUGUGCUGGGCUCAGUGGUUCAUGCAUUUAAUCCCAGCAGUUUGGGAGGUCGAGACAGGCAGAUUACGAGGUCAGGUGUUUGAGACCAGCCUGGCCAAUAUGAUGAAACCCGUCUCUACUAAAAAAACACAAACAAAUUAGCUGGGCAUGGUAGUGUGUGCCUUUGAUCCCAGCUACUCAGGAGGCUGAGUCAGGAGAAUCUCUUGAACCAGGGAGGCGGAGGUUGCAGUGAUCCAAGAUCGUGCCAUUGCAUUCCAGCCUGGGCAACAGAAUGAGAGUCUGUCUCAAAAAAAAAAAAAAAAACCUACUAACUACAUUUAUAUUAUGUAAAAAUAAAGGGAAUAAUCGCUGAGAAUAAAGCAGUUGAGUAUAACAAUAAUAUUUUAUGGGGCACUUACAAUGUUUAUAAUAUUGUAAAGCACCAUGUACUCUAUUCAUUUAAUGCUAAAUGACUUGACCAUUCCUGUGGGAUAAAAGAUCAUAAGGGCCAGGCGCCAUGACUCACGCCUGUAAUUCUAAGACUUUGGGAGGACAAGGCAGGUGGAUGACUUGAGCUCAGGAGUUCAAGACCAGCCUGGGCAAAAUGAUGAAAACCCCGUCUCUACCAAAAAUACAAAAAAUUAGCCAGGUGUGAUGUUAUGUGCCUUCAGUCCCCACUACUUGGGAGGCUGAGGUAGGAAGAUGGUUUAAGUCCAGGAUGUAGAGGUUGCAAUGAGUUGAGAUCGUGCCACUGCACUCCAUCCUGAGCAGUAGAGUCAAACCCUGUCUUUAAAAAAAAAAAAAAAAAAAAGAGGCCAGGCACAGUGGCUCAUGCCUGUAAUCCCUGCUCUUUGGGAGGCUGAGGGUGGAGCAGAUCACUUGAGGUCAGGAGUUUGAGACUAGCCUGGCCAACAUGGUAAAACCUCAUCUCUACCAAUAUAUAUAUAAUAUAUAUAUUAAUAUAUAAAAAUUAUCUGGGCAUGGUGGCAUGUGCCUAUACUCCCAGCUACUCAGGAGGCUGAAGCAUGAGAAUUACUUGAACUCUGGAGGUGGAGGUUGCAGUGAGCCGAGAUCACACCACUGCACUCCAGUCCUCCAGUCUGGGCAACAGAGUGAGACCCUAUUUCAAAAAAAAAAAAGAACAAAAGAAAUGCUUUAUGGGCCAGUGCAGUGGCUCACACUUAGAAUCCUAGCACUUUGGGAGGCUGAGGCAGGAGGAUCACUUGAGGCCAAGAGUUCAAAACAAGCCUGGGCAAUAUGGCAAGACCCCAUCUCUACAAAAAACAAAAAGUAUUUGGGUGUGGUGAUGUGUGCCUGUACUCCCAGCUUCUUGAGAGUCUUAGGUGGGAGAAUCACUUGAGCCCAGGAGGUUAAGGCUGCAGUGAGCUGUGUUCAUACCACCACACCCCAGCAUACUGGGUAACAGAGCAAGACUUUGUCUCAAAAAGAGAAGAAAAAUGCUUUGCUACAUAGUGGGGCCAGGCAGAAAAAAAAAAAAAAGUCCUAUAUAAAUCAUAUAGAUAAAUAUUUGCAAAGCUGCUACUGCCAUUGUACCAGUGUUAAAAUGUGUUCUACCUUGUAUCUUUUACUGAUUUUUAUCACAGCUUUUAUAUUGCAACCAUUUGAGAACUCAGUAAGUGCUAUGGCUUCCUUAAACUACUAUUUAUCAUAUGGUCCCAGUAUGUACUUUGAGACUCAAUAGCAACCAGAGAAUAUAAACAACCAAGGUGUAUCUGGUUAUGUUUUUAAAUAAAGAUUAAUAAAAUUUUGGUUUUUCUCUUU